AUGCAUAUCUACGCCCUAGCAGUCAUCCUGGCCCCACCGAAAGGGCCGAGCGCGAUCCUGAGCUCUGCGCAUGAACUCUCUAGCUUCUCGUUCUUGCAACGCGGCUCUGUCGGCGAAUUCAUGACGUUCUUCUCUAAGACGGUUGCGGACAGGACGCAGCAGGGGCAGAGGCAGACGGUACAAGAGAACAACUACACUGCACAUGUAUACAACCGGGGCGGGGCGGAGCAACUCGCUGGUGUCAUCAUCACUGACCACGAGUAUCCUGUCCGACCUGCCUUCUCCCUCAUCACGAAAUUGCUCGAUGACUUCACCGCGAAAGUGCCCCAAAGCCAGUACUCCAGCCCCGGUACUAUCAACUUUUCCGAGAUCAACACGUACUUGCAGAAGUACCAGGACCCGAGACACGCAGACAACAUCAUGCGUGUACAGGCAGAGCUUGAUGAGACCAAGAUUAUUUUGCACAAGACCAUGGAGUCCGUACUGCAACGCGGAGAGAAGCUGGACGACCUCGUCGACCGCUCGCAGGCUCUGUCUAUGCAGAGCAAGAUGUUCUACAAGACUGCUAAGAAGCAAAACUCCUGCUGCACGGUCAUGUAA